UGUCGCUGUCGUUUAGUUCGGUGCCACAAAUAGUGUCCCCGGUGUAGCCACCGAGUACCGACCGCACUAACCUAACUACCGGCGAGCGGUACCGGUACCGAGUACCGACUUUUUACCCCUGGAAACAGAAUGGUACUCGCGGCCAGAUGACGAUGAGCAUAGACCAGAAGUUGAUGUACGCUUUCCGGGGCUGGAUCGCGUUCGUCGCUUUCAUGGACCUAGGAGUUGCCUUUCGUUCGUUCAUCGAAAAGCGGUGCUUCUUGGGCGAGUACGCUGAGACCAAGUCGGACCAGUUGAUUGAACAGAGUGACCCCACUCUGCCUAGAGUUCUUGGAAUGUACUCUAUAUUGAAAGCAAUAGCACUCAUCCACUGCACAGUUUUCAUUCAUUACAGACCCAUCAUCAGCAUGGGAGUUUGCUCACUGCUUCUGACCAUAACAAUGUACACAAUGGAAGCUUUAUACUAUCAGUCUGCAACUUUAAACUUUUAUAUAAUAUUUCCAUGUGCAUUAAAUGGUCUUACACUUAUAGGCUUGUUAUUAUUGCCUAGAAGACUGCUUGAAGUUCCCUCUCUAGUUGAAGAUGAAAAUGCUGAACUCCUCAAACAGGCGACAGCCUUCAAAAGAAGAAAGGCACCAAAAAAAGCAAACUGACAUUUGAACAUUUUUUAGCAAUUAUUAUAAUCAUGUAGGCUUUUGCGAUUCCUGCCAUUGUACAUAUAUUUUGUUUUAUAUUUUAGAUAGAUUUAAGGAUUUAAAAAAGGAGUAAACUUGGAAUUAAUUAUCUUUGAAAGCAGUUAAAAUAUAAAACAGUAAACCUAUUCCAAAAGAAAGGUUUUGAAAUUGUGUUGAGUAUUGAAUAGUAAAGUCGAUAAAAUGAGCUUAAAAACAUUAAAACUUAAGUAAUUAAUAACAAGGAUACUAAAUAAAGGAGGUUUCUUAUGAUAAUAAGUUAUCAUAUUUAUACAGAUGUUUUAGAGACAUGUUCUUUCAAGCAUUUAAAACACAAAUAAAUAAAAUUAGAAGUUUGUAAUCACAUUACACGUCAAGUUUUACAAGAUGUAAAAAAGAUCAUUCUGAUGUUACUUGAAAAAUACAGAUGUCCUUAUCAAACAAAAAGAUGACUCAACACAUGACCACAGUGUUUUGAAAGAACUUUGAAUUGAAAUUCGGAAAUUAUGUGACAUCAAAUGUAGAUUAAUUGUAACAUUAAUCUUUCUCUAGAAACAUUUUGAUUUAUUCAUUACUUAUGUAUUUCCAGUUACUAAACCUUAUCCUGAGGUUUACAAUAACUAUCUUGACUGAGAACAUUUGACCAAACUGUAUGAGCUAUGCUAUUUCACCCCUCAAAUGUAAUUAUUAUGUGCGGGACCUUUUGAAGUCAAUUUUACUGAAUUUUAAGAGAAAAUUAAGAAAAGUUGUCUUGUUUUGACAUCUGUUUUAAUCUUAGGCAUAAAACUUAAAAAUAUUAGUUAACCCAGAAGCCACGGGUAAUUAUAGAACAGUUUUAUGAUUAUUCAAAUAAUAUUUAUAUGCUUACAAAAUAUUAACGUUUUCCUACAUAAAAAAUUACAUUUACUACUUUUCAAGCUACUUUUAUGAUGUAUCCAUUUGUUACUGAAGUAAGUGAAUAUAGCAUUGUCAAUAUUUCUGCCUCUGCUCAACAAAAGAACCUUUAGCUACCUGACAGGAAGGGAUGAACAAAGCAACAAUAGUUUUAUGAUUACUUAGAACAUACAGAUUAAUUAGUUUUCCUCAAAAACGAGUUAAUGCAAUUGUUGUAAUAAAUCACCACUUGUAUGUGGUGUAUUCAGCAAGGUGUGGCUAAUUAGUAGUAAGAGUAAAUAAUAAGGUAUUAUUAUUAUUAUUAAUAUCAUUAUUAGUAAAUUUAUUGCCCUGUUUCACCCUUCCAAGUUGGCUUGUCUCAUCUUCAGGUUCGAGAAUUAUUAAAGAUUCCGAUUGCCUAUUAAGCUUGCUAAGGAACAGCCUUCAAAAUGAGUUUAACGUCUUUCCAAGUAAGCAAUAAUUUAUUAUUGUGAUUAUAAAAUUGAAUUGAGCAUUUUGUGAAUCGAUAAAAUAAAAUAUAAACUGAAA